ACUCCAACCUUCCUUCAAUUGAAGCCCUCUCUUGUUUCUCUUUCUCUCUCCAACACUCUUGUUCAACUCAACACCACCAAAAACAACACACUCUUCAUUCCUCACAAGCUUUCCACUUCUUCCCGCCAAUUCUCUCUCCUCCAACCGCAAUCUUCAAGACUUUCAACCCGCUUCGCAGCUUCAUCAUCUUCAACCGCUUACGACACCGUACAAGAUCAACUUCCGGCUGAUAUCGAGGUUACAGAAACCCAAGAACCCAAUUCCAGAAUUAGAUUGAGUGUAGAAGUUCCACCAGCUGUUUGUGAGGAUUGUUACAAAAGGGUCAUGAAUGAGUUCAUGAAGCAGUCAAAGGUCCCCGGAUUUCGCCCAGGAAAGAAAGUUCCAGAGAGUAUCCUAUUAAGUUAUGUAGGGAAGCAAAAUGCUCGAAAGGCUACAAUUGAAUCUGUUUUGAAGAGAACCCUUCCCCAUGCCAUGUCUUCGGUGACUGGAAGGGCUUUGAAAGACUCCAUCCGCAUUGUAACCAAAUUCUCUGACAUGGAAGAGACCUAUUCUUCUCUAAACUCUUUGAGGUUAGUCUAACAUUCAUCUUUUAAGUAACUUUGACUUAACAUUUAUUUACUUCAAGCACCUUUAUUA